CCACAGCCCACAGUGCUCGAGGCCUCGGGCUCGGCAAAGAAAUCGUCGAACUUUAUGCGACCUUCGACUGUUUGACGUUUGCCGUACAAAGACUGUUGCACAACGCGUACAAAAGAACUUGAAUUUUGUUUGUAUAUUGCGUUGAGCAUUUUUUAUAUAUUUUUUUUACGUGUGUACUUUCUCAACAGUAACUGCACUUCUGCUGCGCCAGGUGGCGUUAGGUCGUUUUCAAAUUUUCGCGUUUUCGCGCAUGCGCUUAAACUGUAAUGUUACAACGGUGCUUGGUGUGUUUGGGUGGUCGGAUUGGCGGCAUUUGAAGUUCGAAGCGCUUGUGCGAAGAAAGAACAAGUCUGCUCGUCGGCUCGCUUGACGGCUUCCAAGCUUCCCCAAGUGGUCGCCGCUAGGGUAGGAUAGCGAUUGCACUGGAGCCUGUGUUUGAUUUCGGUGUCAACGAUGUCGAUGAAACGCUACCCGAAAGUCGUGGUGGUGAAGAAGAACGGUCAGGACGGUUCGGAAUUCCCGCUGACGUCGGGACGAUGUUCUAUUGGACGGAACCCUGACUGUGACAUUUGCAUCCAGAAGAUGCCAGACAAAGACCCGGUGCACUGCCUGGUGGUUGUGGACGGACACGAACAGGCGCACCUGGUGAACGUGGAUGGCGCGCCGGGCUUGGCCCUCAACAAGCGGCCGGUGCUGAAUGCGGCUUCCUUGGCCCACGGAGACUUCUUUGCCAUUCACAACCGUCUUUUUCGCUUCGAGUGGUGUCUCAAGCUUGCCAAGAAGCCCGCGACGAGCGUCGACGGUGCCCUCGCGGUGGCCGAGUCCAAGUCGCCCAGGAGAUCCGGGGGGGCCUCCGUGCAGGCCACACCCGACCGUGUGCAAGGUCUCUCAAGAGGCGUCGGCGUCACCCCACGCUCCCUCAGCGGAUCAUCGUACGAAACGCCUCGGAUUCCACCAGAGAUGUUCGUCUCGCCCCUGACGACUUCGUCGCUGAGCGGCGCAGCAAAGAGCAUUCAAAAGAGUGCCCUCAAGCGUCUUCGAGUCGGUGGCAUCGGCGACGGCACUCCCGCCAAGCACCUUUCCUGGCUUGGCAACGGGACCGGCUCGAAAAAGUUGCACAAGGAAACUGCGUCUGGUUGCGCGUCGCCCAGUUCUACACCCGGAGGCCCUCUUAGCAGGCGGUCAACCAUAGACCGGAAGCCUGGACAGGGCCUUUCUGAAGAGGCGCACGUUUCGAAGCAACAGGGGCUGUCGGCAUCGACUCCUCUGCACAAGAGGUCCGUCAGUUCGGUGUCCUGGAGCCACGACGCGGCCGAGAGCGACGGGGAAUUGCCGGGGGACGAAAGUGCGCGGUCUCUGUCCAGGAAACGGAACUCGAAGCCGGCCGCCUCGCGCAGUCUUAGCUCCCUGAAGUUCGGCGGAGAAGGGAGCUAUUGGGCACUCGACACAAGUUCUGCGCAUCGUCGGACUAGUUCUCCGGGGUCAUCUCAGUCCGGCAGUCUGAAGAAGGCGUCCCGACGGAGCGCCAGCGUCAUCGAGGAGGAGGGAAGUCCGGCACGCCGCCAGAGGGAACUUGACACCAAACGAGGAUCCUCCGGACACGGAGCAAAAGCGCCACGAACCGUAAGCCCAAAGAACGUCGGCCAGGAAUCUCCUGAGCGCAGCGCGAGGAGUCUUCAAGCUGCCAGCCCAAGGGCGGCCUCUCGUCAGAGCACGAGCCAAAUUGACAAAGCAUCUUCCAGCUAUCUAAAGGACGCUGCUGACAGUCCGGUGGUUGCCCCCCGACAAAGUACAAGCACGGCCAAGAAAGACAAAGGUUCUCGGUCGCCCGACCAAAAGAGGGCCGGCGUCAACCACGACUCUCCCGUACGUUACUCGCGGGCUGAAAGUUCAGAGGUGGCCUCUCGACAAAGUGUGGGAACAGCCAAGAGAGGUGCCGGUACAGCGUCACCCAGCCGAACGAAUGUCGGCACCGACCGUGGGUCUUCCGAUCGGAGCCUGGGGAGAUCGCCAGCUGGCAACCUGGAGAUAUUGCGGCGAAGUGAGAGUAUGAUCACCAAAGGCGAUAUGUCACCCAGCCAGAAGAGUGUUAGCGUCGACCAUUCUCCUGGGCGCAGCCUGAGGAGAUCGCAACAUGCCAGUCCAGUGCUGGCCCCUCGUCGGAGUAGGAGCACCACCAAGAAGGGCAGAGGUUACCUUUCACGUAGCCCAAGGAAGGUCAGCGUCGACAAGGGCUCUCCCGUUCACGGCAAGAGAUCGCAAGCUGCAAGUCCAGAGGUAGCCUCUCGACAAAGCGGAAGCACAGCCAAGGGAGGCGCGGAUGUAGCUUCAACCAGCCAAACGAAUAUUGGCAUCGACCACAGGUCUUUCGAUCGUAGCCUGGGGAGAUCUCCAGCUGGCGACAAGCUGGAGCAAUCGCGUCGAAGUGAGGGCAAUCUAUCUCCCAGCCAAAAGAGUGUCAGCGUCGACCAUUCUCCCGAGCGCAGCCUGAGGAGAUCGCAACCUGCCAGUCCAGUGGCGGCACCUCGUCAAAGUAGGAGCACCACCAAGAAGGGCAGAGGUUACCUUUCACGUAGCCCGAGGAAGGUCAGCGUCGACAAUGUCUCUCCCGUUCACGGCAAGAGAUCGCAAGCCGCAAAUCCAGAGGUAGCCUCUCGACAAAGCGGAAGCACAGCCAAGGGAGGCGCGGAUGUAGCUCCAACCAGCCAAACGAAUAUUGGCAUCGACCACAGGUCUUUCGAUCGUAGCCUGGGGAGAUCUCCAGCUGGCGACAAGCUGGAGCAAUCGCGUCGAAGUGAGGGCAAUCUAUCUCCCAGCCAAAAGAGUGUCAGCGUCGACCAUUCUCCCGAGCGCAGCCUGAGGAGAUCGCAACCUGCCAGUCCAGUGGUGGCCCCUCGUCAGAGUAGGAGCACCACCAAGAAAGGCAGAGGUUACCUUUCACGUAGCCCGAGGAAGGUCAGCGUCGACAAUGUCUCUCCCGUUCACGGCAAGAGAUCGCAAGCCGCAAAUCCAGAGGUAGCCUCUCGACAAAGCGGAAGCACAGCCAAGGGAGGCGCGGAUGUCGCUUCAACCAGCCAAACGAAUAUUGGCAUCGACCACGGGUCUUUCGAUCGUAGCCUGGGGAGAUCUCCAGCUGGCAACAGGCUGGAGCAAUCGCGUCGAAGUGAGGGCAAUCUAUCUCCCCGCCAGAAGAGUGUCAGCGUCGACCUCGAUUCUCCUGAGCGCAGCCUGAGGAGAUCGCAACCUGCCAGUCCAGUGGCGGCACCUCGUCAAAGUAGGAGCACCACCAAGAAGGGCAGAGGUUACCUUUCACGUAGCCCGAGGAAGGUCAGCGUCGACAAUGGCUCUCCCGUUUACGGCAAGAGAUCACAAGCCGCAAGUCCAGAGGUAGCCUCUCGACAAAGUGUGAGCACACCCAAUAUCGGCGGAGAUUCAGCAUCGCACAACCGAAAGAACGUCGGUGUUCGCCGCAGUUCUCCGGGCUACAGCCCGGGGAAAUGGCAGCCUGCCACUCCGGAAGUAACCUCUCACCAAAGGAAGAGCAUGCCCAAGAAAGGUGGAAGUUCUCCCUCACCCAACCGAAGGAGUGUAAGCUUUGACGAUGAUUCUCCGGGACGCAGUUCGAGGAGUUUGCUACCUGCCACUCCAGAAAUUGCCUCCCAUCAAAGGAGGAGCAGACCCAAGAAAGGCGAAAGUUCUUUCUCACCCAGCAGAAAGGAAACCAGCAUUGUCCAUAGCUCUCCCAAGCUCAGCCCAGGUACAUCGCAAAGUGGCAGUAUGGAGGUGACCUCUCGCCGAAGUAGGAGCAUCACCAAGAAAGGCAAAGAUUCUCUGUCACGCAGCUUGAGGGAUACUGGUGUUGGUAAUAGCUCCUUCGAUCGUAAUGAGAAAUCACAAGCUGAAAGUCCAACGGUAAUCUACCGACAAAAUAUGAGCACACCCAAGUUGGGCAAAGGCUCACCAUCACGCAGCCGAAAGCAUGUCAGCAUUGACGACAGUUCUCCCGAACGCAGUGUCAGAAGAUCGCAACCAGCCAGUCCAGAGGUAGCCUCGCGUCGAAGUGGGAGAACUCCCAAAACAGGUGAAGUUUCCCAGUCACUUAAGCAGAAGAAUGUCAGCUUUAGUCGGGGCUCUUCGGACCGUGACGUGAGCUCGCAAGCCAGAAGUCCGGAGGUAGCUUCUAGACGGAGUGGGAGUGCACUCAAGACGGCCAGAGUUUCAUCGUCAUCGCCCAGCCAAAAGAAUGUUAGCCUCGACCACGGUUCUCCUGACCACAGCCCGAGGACGUUGCAGCCUGACACGUCGGAAGUAGGCUCUCGUCGUAGUAGGAGCACGCUCAAAAAGAACGAAAGUUCUCCGUCACCUACCCGAAAGGACACCAGCAUUGUCCAGAGCUCCCCCAAGCGCAGCCCGAGGACAUCGCAAAGCGGCAGUCCGGAGCCGACCUCGCGUCGAAGUAGGAGCACUACCAAAAAGGGUGCAAGUCCUUCGUCGCACAACGUGAUGACCACGACUAUUGACCAGGGUUCUCCUGGGCGUACUGUGAGGAUAUCUUUACCCGGCAAUGUCAAGGUGCAGCUGAAACUAAGGAUGAGUGCGUCCAAGGUCGAAAGUUCUCCAUCCCUGGGACGAAAUAGCGCCUCUCCCGCGCCACCGAGAAGAUCGCGAGGUGGCGAUCUGGAGGUGGUCACUCGUCGAAGCAAGAGUACACCCAAGGGAAGCGAAGAGUCUCCGUCACGUUCCUCGAAAAAUUCGUUUGGGCAUCGCAUGAAAAGGUUGCAAGUUGGCAGUCUAGAGGGAGACUCCAGUCAAAUUGAAAGCGCCAGCAAAACACGAAAAGUUUCAUUGUCACCCAACCAGCAGCCUGAAGACGCGGAAGCAUCCUUACGUCGGAGUAUGAGUCCGUCUCAAAAAGGCAGAAAUUCGUCUUCAACCAGCCAAAAGGAUGGUGGCAUCGACCAAGGCUCCCCCAAGCGUAGCGCGAGGGGGUCGGAAGCAAGCGCUUCGGCUAAGAAAGACAAAGGUUCCCUGCCACCAGACCAAAAGGACGCCGGCGUCGCCCAACCCUCGUUCGCGCAUAGUACGCCACCGGCGACGCCCGCUCGCAGAGGUAGGAGACCCGCCAAGAAAGACGUAAGCGUCACAUCUCGCAGCACGAGAAGUACGAGGACUAAAGAAAUUCCUGCGAGCCCAGCAUCGCAUCGCGGUGGUAGUUUCCUCGCACAGAGCCCCGGAGCGGACAUCUCGGAGAAUGUUUUGCCGACAAAAAAUGCGCGCGGAAAGUCCCGAGCGGCCGCACCAAAAGCGGAGCCCAGCCCGUCUGUCGACGGGGCGGGUUCUCCGGCACCCAGCCCUAAAGCCAGGAGAGGACGGUUGCCGCUCAAGCGUGCCGCCGUACAGAGAGAGCCCACUUCCCCCAGUAGCCCGAAGGCUGCAAAGGUGACCAAGGACUCUCCAGCUCCAAGUGCCAGGGCCAUGCGAGCGAGAAAGACGGCCGUGAAGAAGAGCCCGAGCAAGCCGUCGAAACGGGCUCCGCCGUCCAAGCGUAGAGGUCGGGCUGCCGCGGAGGAGAGCGGGGCGGACGUGCCCCAGGACGAGGCCCCCGGGAAAACUAUCGAGUUGCCCGAACAAAGCCCGACCAAAGGCGAGGCCGUUGCGGAGGAAGGCGCCGUGACUGGAGAGACCUCGCCCGCGCGUGGUGCCAAGGCUACGAAAAAAACCAAGAAAGCGCCCGCGACCAGCAAGAAACUCCGGGCCACACGAUCCGGCAAGGACAGCCCGGGUGGAGGAGACACGGAAGAAAGCGGCGCGGUUGAGGAGGCAUCCAGCUCCGUUCCCACACGAGGCAGGCGCAAGGCUGCUGUGGCUGCUGCGGCUUCCAUGGGUGUCCUGACGCCGGUGACCAGGGGACGCGGAAAGCGCCAGGCUGCUGUGGACGAGGGAGCAGGGACUCUAAGCCUCCGUGUCAAGAGGUCGACUGUCGAGGAGCCAAAGGAAACUGAAGAGGUGCCAGUAAAGAGAAGGCGUGGGAAAAGAGUGUGAUUGAAAGCACACACUGUUUGAAUUGUGUUGUCUCAUUUAAGAUUUGAUUGACUGGUUCUUGAUUAUGACCAAUAAAAACAUCAUCAUUGCCA